AUGUCUGAAUCAAUUGAUCAAACUAAGACCAAUCCAGAAAAUACAGAAAAACCAAAACCCUGUUGUGUUUGUUUAGACGAGAAGAAAAAGAGAGAUGAGUGUUUACUAUUUACAGAUGUCAAUAAAGAAGAUAGUAUGAUUAAAUGUAAAGAAUAUAUCAACAAAUACAAAGAAUGUAUGAAAUCAUAUGGAUUUGAAAUUUAA